CGAUUCCCGCCCUCCCCGCGCGCCCUCUCCCACCGGAAGUGCGUCACAGCACUUCCGUCGCGGCGGCUCCAAGAUGGCGGCGCUGGCGCUGAGGGGUUUGGGCCGGCGCUGCCUCCUGGCCCGGCUGGGGCCCGGCCCCACCCUGCACCAGACGAUCCCGAUGGGGACGACGGCGCAGGAGGAGAUGAGGCGGUUCUGGGAGAGGAACUCGCGCUCGGGGCGGCCCGUGUCCCCCCACGUCAGCAUCUACAAGUGGUCGCUGCCCAUGGCCAUGUCCAUCAGCCACCGCGGCACCGGCGUCGCCCUCAGCCUCGGUGUGUCCCUGUUCUCGGUGGCGGCGCUGCUGCUCCCGGAGUCCUUCCCGCAUUACCUGGCGCAGGUGCGGGCGCUGAGCCUGGGCCCCGCCCUGCUCUGCUCCGCCAAGUUCCUGCUGGCCCUGCCCCUCUGCUACCACAGCUGGAACGGCGUGCGGCACCUGGCCUGGGACCUGGGCAAGGGGCUGCGGCUGCCGCAGGUGACCCAGUCGGGGGUGCUGGUGCUGGCCCUGACCCUGCUGUCCUCUGCCGCGCUGGCCGCCCUGUGACAGCAACACCGGGAAUGCCGGGUGACAGCAACACCGGGGAUUCCGGGUGACAGCGCCAGGAAUUCCGGGUGACAACGCUGGGAAUUCCGGGUGACAGCGCCGGGAAUUCCGGGUGAAAAUACCACCGGGAAUUCUGGGUGACAGUGCCGCCGGGAAUUCUGGGUGACAGCGCCGGGAAUUCCGGGUGACAGCGCCAAUUCUGGGUGACAACACCGGGAAUUCCGGGUGAAAACACCGCCGGGAAUUCCGGGUGAAAACACCGCCGGGAAUUCCGGGUGACAGCGCCGGGAAUUCCCGGUGACAGUGCCAGGAAUUCCAGGUGACAACACCGGGAAUUCUGGAUAACAACACCGGGAAUUCCAGGUGACAACACCAGGAAUUCCGGCUGACAGCGCCGCCAGGAAUUCUGGGUGACAGCGCUGGGAAUUCCAGGUGACAACACCGGGAAUUCCGGGUGAAAACACCGGGAAUUCUGGCUGACAGAGGCGGGAAUUCCGGGUGACAACACUGCCGGGAAUUCCGGGUGACAGCACUGGGAAUUCCGGGUGACAACACCACCAGGAAUUCUGAUUGACAACACCAGGAAUUCCGGGUGACAAUGCCCAGAAUUCCGCCCAUUCCCGCCCACUUGUGGGGAAGGUGACGCUUCCCCCCCUCCCCAAAACCCCCAAAACCCCCAAAUCCGGGAUGAGCAGCGCUGCCCCUCCUGCCCCGCCCCCAAGGCCAGCAGCGCUCGUGUCCCCCCACCCGCGGUGUCCCCACGUGUCCCCGGGGCCGGGACAAUGCGGGAUCUGUGUCCCCACGAGUGGGAUCCGGCGGGACAAGGAGCUCCAUUGAGGCAGCGCCCCACGGGGGUGGUGACAGGUGACAUCUCGCUGCCACCCCGCUGCCACCGUCCCGCGGGAAUUCCAUGAUUCAGCCCCAGUUUUUGGGGAAAUCCCCGCGAGGGGUUUGUCACCGGGGUUUGUCACCCCAGGUGUUGUUGUCACCUGUGGGAAUAAAAAAGCAGCUCUGACCCUC